AUGAAUGAGGAAUAUUUGAAGGAGGUGAAUGAGGAAGAUUUGGAGAAGGUGAAUGUGUUGAUUGAGGAUAUGGUGAAUGAGAAUAUUAAGGAUGUGGUGGAUAAAUUGAAUGAUAAAGACAAGGAUAGGCUUGUGAAGCUGAAGGUUGAGGAUGUGGAAGAGAAGAAGAAUGAGGAUGUGGUGAAGAAUGAGAAUAUUGAGGAUGUGAAUGAGAAGGUGGAUGAUACGAAUGAUAUAGACAAGGAAGACAAGCAGAAGUUAGAUGUGAAUGAGAAGGUGGAGGAUGUGAAUGAUAUAGACAAGGAAGACAAGCAGAAGUUGGAUGUGAGGGAAAAGAAGGAAGAAAAGAAGAAUGAGGAUGUGAAUGAGAAGCUGGAGGAUGUGAAUGAUAAAGACAACGUGGUCAAUGAGAAUAAGGAUGUGAAUGAUAUAGAAAAAAUUGUGGAUGCUGCUGCUGUUAGGAUGAUGUUGGAUGUUGCUGUUAUGAUGAUGGUUUAUGCUGCUUCUAGGAUGAUAAAUAAUGCUGAUGUUAGAAUGACGGUUGAUGUUAUUGCUGGGAUGAUGGCUGAUACUGCUGCUGCUACUAAAUGA